CUCUCUAUCUCUCUCUCUCUCUCUCUCUCUCUCUCUAAACAUUCUCUCACUUCCCCGUCUGUUUCUCGCUCAAUUUUCGGCAAACAUGGUGAGGGACGAUUUGUAUAUCACCGUGCCAAGCUUCUUCAAGUGCCCGAUUUCACUGGACUUGAUGAAGUCCCCUGUGAGCCUGUGCACGGGAGUGACCUACGACCGGUCCAGCAUCCAGCGGUGGCUCGACAGCGGCAACAACACAUGUCCGGCCACGAUGCAGGUCCUCCAGAGCAAAGAGUUCAUCCCCAACCGGACCCUCCAGCGCCUCAUCCAGAUCUGGUCCGACUCGGCCCGCAACCACCGGGUCGACUCGGCCGAGUCGCCUCUUCGCUCUGCUCCCUCGCCGGAACAAUUGCAGGACCUUAUCAAGGACCUCGAUCACAACGGCGAGUCCUUUUCGAAAAUUGUGUGUUUCGCGAGAGAAUCGGAGGAGAACCGCAAGUUUCUCGCGAGAAUGGACGGCUUCAUUGUGACGCUUGUCGAAUUUCUUGGCAAUGCGGGCGACGGAAAAUGUAGCAGCUUCGAUUUUCUGGAACAAGUGGUUGAGGUUUUGGAUUUGGUGCUUAGCAAAGUCGAAGGCCUCGAGCAGGUAGCGAAUUCGAUGUUGAAAACCGAGCGCAAUUGCUUGGCCUCGCUGCUUCUCGUUUUGCAACAGGGAAGUAUCGAGUCGAGAAUCGCAUCGGCCAGGGUUUUGGGAGCCAUCGCAAACGACGGCGAAUCGAAGCUCCUGAUCGCCGAUAAGGACGGCCUAUUAUCCGAGUUGCUAAAACUAAUCGCUCCAGAGAAGGACCCGGCACUAAUCGAAGCGGGUCUCUCAAGCUUAAUCCGAAUCUCAAUGCCGAAACGUGUCAAAGCCAGGUUAGUCCACCUGGGCACUAUAAAAGCGUUGGCGAAACUAAUAUCGGGUUCGAACCCGAGCGUCUCGGUGACGGAGAGAGCGCUCAAGCUGCUGGAAACGGUGUCAUCUUGCAAAGAAGGGCGGUCGGAGAUGUGCGAGGACGUGGCGUGCGUGGCGGCAAUCGUGAACAAGGUUCUGAAGGUAUCGAGUGCGGCGACGGAGCACGCGGUGACGAUACUGUGGAGUCUUUGUUACUUGUUUCGCGACCAGCGCGCGCAGGAGGCAGUGGCACAUGCCAACGGGCUGACCAAGAUUCUGCUUCUGAUGCAGAGCAAUUGCUCGCCUUCCGUCCGCCAAAUGUCCACCGAUUUACUCAAGAUUUUCAGGAUCAACUUCAAGUCUUGCCUGGCCAGCUACGAUACUAAGACCACCCAUAUCAUGCCCUUUUGAGUUUAAUUUUUUUUUUUUUUUUUUAAAUUUUAAAUUUCUCUUUUUCUGUUUUAAGAAAUAGAGAGGGAGAGAUGGAAAUUUGUAAAGCAAAAGGAAAUUUUGGAUUUAGUUGGAUACCAAAAGAGAAUUCAUUUCAUUAUAA